UGAUCUGCAGCAAACAAAAAUACACUUACUCGGUCGUUCCAAACACACCGUAAAGUUUUAAACCGACGUGAAUUGCACAGUUGUACCAGUCUUCUUCUCACUGGAACCCAAAACCCUAAUCAGUAUCUAUAGCUGAAGAAAACGUUCCAUAAGAUAGGGACACUCAGAUUUUAGAGAGAGAGAGUACGCGAAUGGUUCCAAAGCUGGAUUUCGUUGUUAAAAUCCACACCAAAAACCUCUGAUUUCUUCUCUGUAACAUGGCCAUCUCCAAACUUUUAACCUCUGAACCCAAACCCAAAAAAACUCGAAAAGGAGAAGAUAUCGAUCAGCUUCGAUCAGAGGUGACUGAGUUCGCUUCAAAACUUGGUCUUGGGUCUGCAAUUUCCUCUGGUUUCGAUGAUUCAGACUUUCGGAAAACUGGUCCCAUAAAGCCCUCUGGUUCUUCGCCCCCUUCAAAAUCCACAAAAAAGAAUGAAAUUAGGGCCUCAAACUCUGAGGAGAAGAGGAGCUCGACUGCCUCAAACUCUAACCAGAAAGCCAACUUUUCAAAGAAGGAUAAAAAACCAAACGGAAUUAGGGCUUUUGGAGAGAAAUCAAACCGAAACAAUGAGACCGUCAUUAGUAGAGAAGCUAUGCCUCCAAUUAAGAAUAAGCUUCCUUUGAUGAAACCCAGCUCCUUAUCGGGGCAAUGGUAUGUGGAUGCUUCAAAAUUGGAGUCGAAAAUUGUCAAAGAAGGUGUAGGCAUUGGUACAAAGCCUUCUGAUGAAUUGGUUAAAGAGAAAUGGGAGGUUGGAGGUAGAUUAAUGGGCCAAUAUGUUGCUGAGUAUGAACAAGCUUCUCAAAAGAGUGGAGAUAUGAGAAUGGUAGCAACUGCUCAAAGGUCAGGUACAGGGGCUGAUAAAGUGGCAGCUUUCACUGUGUUGAUUCAGGAUAACCCAAUUGCCAAUAUGAGAGCUGUCGAUUCCCUUUUAGCAAUGGUGACAUCUAAGGUGGGCAAGCGUCAUGCACUGACUGGUAUCGAUGCAUUAAGGGAAUUAUUCUUGAUGAGUUUGUUGCCAGAUCGAAAGCUGAAAUACUUCUUCCAGCAGCCAUUGAAUUUUUUGCCUGAUACAAAGGAUGGAUAUUCCUUGUUGCUAUUUUGGUAUUGGGAGGACUGCUUAAAGAAAAGGUUUGAACGCUUUGUGCUUGCACUAGAGGAAGCACUUAAAGAUGUGUUAUCCGUUCUUAAGGAUAAAGCUUUGAAGACAUUGUUUGCUCUUCUUAAGAACAAGCCAGAGCAAGAACGCCGUUUACUUUCAGCUCUUGUUAAUAAACUAGGUGAUCCUGAAAGGAAGGCGGCAUCCAAUGCUGGGUAUCAGUUGACUUGUCUUUUGUCUGCCCAUCCAAACAUGAAGGCCGUUGUGAUUGAAGAGGUAGAUUUCUUUGUCUUCCGUCCGCAUGUGGGUUUGCGAGCAAGAUAUCAUGCUGUUAUCUUCUUGAAUCAAGUCCUUCUCAGCAACAAGGGAGAUGGACCGAAACUAGCAAAGCGUUUAAUUGAUAUAUACUUUGCUCUUUUUAAGGUUCUUAUUUCAGAGGUGAGUGAAGAGAAAUCUGACAAGGAUGGUAAUAAAUCAGCCAAGAAGUCUGUGAAGAAAGAUAGCAAGGACGGAAAACCUUCUUUUGAAUCCCCUGUUGAAAUGGAUUCGCGACUUCUAUCAGCCCUUCUAACUGGAGUAAAUAGGGCAUUUCCCUAUGUUUCAACUGAUGAGGCCGAUGCUAUUAUUGAGCAGCAGACUCCAGUUCUCUUUAAAUUGGUUCAUUCAAGGAAUUUCAAUAUUGGGGUUCAGGCAUUGAUGCUUCUUUAUCAACUUUUAGCUAAAAAUCAGACUGUUAGUGACCGCUUUUAUCGUGCUUUGUAUUCAGCUCUGUUGGUGCCUGCUUGUAUGAAAUCAUCAAAGACAGAAAUGUUCUUAGGGCUUGUCUUCAAAGCAAUGAAAAAUGAUGUGAACUUCAGGCGGGUGUCUGCAUUUUCGAAACGUCUCUUGCAGGUUGCACUUCAGCAACCCCCACAAUAUGCUUGCGGUUGCCUUCUGCUUCUCUCGGAAGUGCUUAAAGCAAGACCACCUCUAUGGAAUACUAUGCUACAAAAUGAGUCUGGUGAUGAAGAUUUUGAACAUUUUGAAGAUGUCAAAGAGGAUGGUGAGAAUGUAACUGAGAGUGCUCAAGAGGACAGUGAGAACAUAAAUAGUUGUGCUCGAGAUAUAGUUACGCCUGAUGGCAUACCUACUGAAAAAAAUGCCAUAGAGAGUGAUGGUAAUUCUUCUGAUACGGAAAAUAGUGAAGUACCAAUUCAAGAAUUACAUUCAGAUGAUGAUGGAAAUGAUUCUGUAGAAGAUGACUUGCUUGGAGCUGCUGUGAAUUCAUUGCCAUGUUUUGGGAAACCCUCCAAAGUUGCUUGCCCUGUUGGCGAACCUGCUCAAUUGCCCAAGACAGGCUGUCAAUCUGGAGGGUAUAAUCCAUGGCACCGGGAGCCAGCUUACUGCAAUGCAGACCGUACCAGUUGGUGGGAAUUAUCGGCAUUAGCAUCACACGUGCAUCCAUCCGUGGCAACAAUGGCAAAGACCCUUCUCUCAGGGGCCAAUAUUGUUUAUAAUGGAGAUCCUCUGAAUGAUCUUUCUCUAACAGCUUUCCUUGACAAGUUUGUUGAAAAGAAACCGAAGCCAAACAAGAAAGCGGAAGGGAUAUGGCAUGGUGGCUCUCAAAUUGGCCCUGCUAGAAAGUUGGUGAUGAACAAUCGACUAAUUGGUCCCGAGAUUCUGUCUCUUGCUGAGGAAGAUGUUCCCCCGGAGGACCUGGUCUUCCACCGCUUCUACAUGACCAAGAGCACUAGCUCUUCGAGAAAGAAACUAAAGAAGAAGAAGAAGGAUAGAGAAGAAGCUGGAGAACUAUUUGAAGUUGAUAAUAAUGGGGAAGAGGAGGACUUAGAAGAAGAAGAAGAUGUUGAAGAAGUGGACGAAGUAGAAGAAGUGGAUGGCGGUGAUGAUAGCGAGGAUGAGGAGAUUGAUGGGUUACUUGAGCCAGAAUUUGGCGCCCAGAAAUCUCUGACUGUAUCUGAUGGUGAGUAUGACUAUGACAAGCUGGAUGAGGUUAUUAUGGAGGAGGAUGAUGAGUUAAUUGCUGAUGAUAGUGAUGGUAACAUGGAUUUUCCUAAUGAUGAUGGUGGUGAUGGUGGUUAUAGUGAUGGUGAUGAUGACAGUUAUGUUGAUGAGGAUGAUAUGGAAGCUUCUCAGAAAGUGGAUAGGAAAGGUAAUAAGCGAAAGUCUGGGGCAAGGUCGGGUGCAUCGCCAUUUGCUAGUCUUGAGGAGUACGAUCACCUGUUGAAUGAUGGCGAGGAGAUCGGAGAGGAGACUAGGCCACAGAAGAAAAUGAAAAAGAAGAAUAAGAAAGGAUUGAAUGGUGAUGAAGAGAUGAGAAGGAAGUCACAUAAGAAGAAGAAAGGGUUGAAUGGUAGUGGGGAGAUGAGAGGGGAGUCUGGGCUACAGAAAAGGAAGAGGAAGAAAGGUUCUGAUUAUUGAUUGUUUGGUUAAAUUAUUGUAUUGUGCAUUUAGGGAAGCUUCUCUCCCUCCCCCCAUCUUUGGGGAGUUUGGGAAUGGGAGAUGAGAAUGAGGUCUGGUGCAGCAAAAGGAGGAAAGCCUUUGUCUAAGCGUGUGAGAAAAUUUUUGGCGACUUUUAUGUAGGUGAUAUGGAAGCCUCUGUUCUAGAGAUGCAGAGAGGCCUGCACCGGCAAAGGAAUAUUUUGCAACAAGAAAUGAGAAAAUUUUAUGGAGUUUUCAUUGCGAUUACAAGAAAUUUGAUCUCUCUAUCUCUCUAGAAUUCACAAUCACAUCCAUUUAGUAUCCCAUAAAUAGUUGCUUUC